AUGGCCGACACUGUUGUCCUUCCCCCUGCGCUCCCUCUAACGGGCCCCAUCCACUCACUCGCCGAAGAAGAAGUAUUGGACGCGCUCGACCCACUUCGCCAUCUUCGCGAAAGUGCAGCACCCGAUGUGGGCGCUGACUCAGGAUCCACUUUGCUUCCCGCACAGCCGCGUUCAGUCCUGGACGAGAUCAUCCAGCUCGCCUUCCCCCUCCCUCCUGACUCGAAUGUAGAAGAGCAUGUAGGAGGUCUCCAAAACUCAAUCGCCAUACAACUCGUGGUAGACGCCAGCCCCGGCUGCGGUGGUGUUGCGUGGCCCGCCGGCGAGGUGCUCGCGCGGUACAUUGCCCGACGCGGCCUUGGCUCCCUCGCAGGCAGAAACGUGCUCGAGCUGGGGAGUGGUACUGGGCUUGUCGGUCUCGUCGCUGCUCACUUAGGCGCGCGUGUGUGGAUAACCGAUCAAGCGCCUCUGUACCCGAUAAUGGAACGCAACAUCGCCUUCAAUGACCUCGCGCGUUCUGUGACCCCUGCCGUGCUUGCAUGGGGCGAACCCAUACCAUCAUCCAUACCACCUCCGAGCAUUAUUCUGGCAGCUGAUUGCGUAUACUUCGAGCCUGCAUUCUCGCUCCUCGUACAGACCCUUGCGGAUUUGACUCCAACGAGCGACGGUCCAGAUCCAGAGAUCCUAUUCUGUUAUAAGAAGCGAAGGAAGGCAGAUAAGCGAUUUUUCGCACUGCUCAAGAAGAAGUUCACCUGGACGGACAUCGACGAUGACCCCGAACACGCCCUGUACUCGAAAGAAGCCAUUUCCCUAUUGAGACUGCACCCAAAGCGGUAG